AUGGAGGGUCAAAACGGAGAGAGCCAGGACAACUCGUCCCUCAAACCCGUGUCCUCACUGCGAAACCACUUCGAGAAUAUGAUCAAGUCGAAACCACACCCGCCGCAACCUUCGCCUGCCCUCGGACCAAGCAAACCCGCGACGCUGAGCGUGCAUGCGGCCGAGUCGUACAGCAGAGGUGCGUCGCUUGACAUACCACGGACAAACCAUGGCUUCGCGGCUGCUCAGCAUCUGCAAUCGGACGCGGACAAGAGCGGUCCUCACUCCCGUUCGGGCACGCCCAAGUUGCGUCCACUGUCUAUGGGCCCUCUCUCACCUCCUCGCUCGCCGCCUCUCGUCACGGUCGACUCGCCCAGCUCGCCUCCGAAACCCUACUCCGUAUCGCGCAGCCCCUUCUUAUCCGCUCAGGCCUCGAAGGAGUCGCUGAAAAAGACACCCUCGUCACGCUCAGGCUCACCCACCAGCGGACUCGCGAGGCCGUUCAAGAUUCCGAGUAGAACCCCGACACCCGCCCUUGAUACGCAUCAUUUUCCUCCACUGGAUGCCUCGCCUUCCCGCACGCCGGCAGGGGAUCCUCAGAAGUCCUCGUCCCCUGAUCACGAACCUCCCCGCAGAGCGUCCCCGCAGCCGCACAUACCGCCUCCGGUCAACCGGGCUGGGAAACCGAAAUCGUUCGGCAAGCCGGCGCAGCAGGAGACCAGGAAGGUGUCUGACUCUCUGGCGCCCAGCGCUGUUUCGGAUAAAGGCAACGAAAGCAUUUCGCCGUUCAGCACACCGCCUAGCGAGCACGAAAGCCCGCACGCUAGUCCCAGCCCUCCACGUAUACCGAACCAUAGCAAGCCGCGUGUGAAUACCGGCAUUGGCAUCCAGGAUGGCUAUUUUUCUGGCGCACGUGUGAAACAGGACAGCAGAGGCUCGCCAGUCGAACCUCCGUCCGCCAUCUCGGAUCAGAACUGGACGGACAAGCUCAAAUUCGCCAACAGGCGAGAUAUGGCCGCUCCACCUCCCAAGUCGUCAGCAUGGACAGAAUCCGUCAGGCUGACAAAUCGGCCGGUUCGUACCUCCGGGCGAGAAUCGCCAGACUUGCCUGAAGAUCGGCCAUCUCUGCCUGCUCGUCACGACAACCAAGCCAUGCAAGCCGGGAAGUCAUCGCCACCGAGGCGACGUCUGCCGCCUCCCCCUCCUUCCGAUCCUCCGAUCCGCAAGUCGAUGGAUGUUCAAUCUACACGGCCGUUUUACGGUCAAAUUUCAGAGAGUCCUGGGAGAGCGUCUAUGGAUACGCUCUCAACGGCAAGGUCGAUGUUUGCAGACGCCAAUGCGAGAUUUCAGCCGCCUCCUAGACGAGCGCAGAUACCCGCGUCCAAUCAUGGCGGCAGCACGUCGGGUGCAAAUCACAGCCAAAUACCAGCCUCACGGCCGUCAUCUGACUAUCGAAGGCCCGAAACGACGUCACGAAUGGCCAAGGUCGCGGAUUCCGUCGAUGACUCUGAGGAAGAAGAUUCGGAACUGCCCACAAUGCAUGGUGCGACUCUAACCGAUUAUCCCGACUCGUCUCAGACGAACCGCAGGCCCCCUCGCUUCCGAAAGUUUGCCCAGACCAUCCAGACCAAGUACGAGACGAAACUUCUGGCAGUCUGCGGGGAGUACAUCUGCACGUCCGGAUACAUCACCAAGGUGUGGAACUUACUCACAGGUGAACUCAUCAUGAGUCUCGUUCAUGGAGAAACGAUCAAGGUCACGGCGAUAGCCUUCAAGCCUGCUACCGACGUAGACGACGAGGGCAAGCGGAUUUGGCUGGGCACGAACGAGGGCGACUUGCACGAGAUUGACAUUCCGUCAGAAAGCUCUACGGCGUUCAAAUCGCGCGCGCACCUGUCAAAAAUCACACGCAUCCACCGCCACGGCUCGGAAAUGUGGACGCUGGACGAGCAGGGCACCCUGUGCAUCUGGCCUCCGGGAGAUGACGGUCUGCCAAGUUUGGAGCUCUCCCCACACACGAUACGUCUUCCAAACGGCGCGACGUAUUCCAUCACUGUCGGAUAUCAGCUCUGGGUUGCUUUCGGUCGCGAGCUCAUGGUCUAUCAGCCUGACAAGACGACCAGGAAGGCGAAUCCGAUCCUCAGCAAGCCGCUUGUGCAGGCCAACGUGGGAGACGUCACUGCGGCAGCCAUCAUCAGCAGUCGAACAGACGUAAUCUACUUUGGUCACGCAGACGGCAAGGUUACAAUGUACAAUUUGAAAGACUAUUCUUUUGCCGGCAUGGUCAACAUAAGCUUGUACAAGAUCAGCUGUCUUGCGGGAGUUGGCGAUCGCCUUUGGGCUGGCUUCAACACCGGCAUGAUAUACGUGUACGACACGACCUCUCAGCCGUGGAAGGUCUUGAAAGAUUGGAGGGCGCACAAAGACACCAUUGCCGGCGUUGUCGUGGAUCGCACCAGCAUCUGGAAACUAGAUCGAUUACAGGUGGCCUCCCUUGGUACGGACAACAAAUUGCAGAUAUGGGAUGGGAUGCUUGAGCAGGACUGGCUCGAGCAGGACAUGCAAAACCACGACAUGGAAUAUUGCGACUUCCGGGAGUUGUCGGCCCUGGUCAUGACCUGGAAUGCCGGUGCCUCGAAACCGAUGCACCUCAAACACGACGAGCAAGACAGCAAUUUCUUCAGAGAUCUGCUGCGUGGACCGAAAGAGCCGCCUGACUUUGUGGUAUUCGGGUUUCAGGAACUCGUGGACCUUGAGGACAAGAAGGUCACGGCGAAGAAUCUGUUCAAGAGCAGUAAGAAGAAGGACAGCUCAGAGAGGGAACACAUGGCGAAGCAGUACCGAGCAUGGCGAGACCACCUAUCGCAGUGCCUCGACAUGUACAUGCCGUCUCGUGAAGCGUACACUCUGCUUCAUUCCGCUGACUUGGUCGGCCUGUUUACGUGCGUCUUCGUCAAGAGCUCUCUACGCUCCAGCAUUUCCGACGUCAGCGGUGCGGAAGUCAAGCUUGGGAUGAAAGGGCGAUACGGGAACAAAGGCGCCCUUCUCGUGCGUUUUUUGAUCGACGACAGCUCCGUCUGUUUCAUCAACUGUCACCUGGCAGCGGGUCAGAAGCAAACGCACCAUCGCAACAACGACAUCGCGGCCAUCAUGGAGGCUGCAGUCUUGCGACCGCUGCCGGACCCUCAAGCCCAGUUUGAUGUCUUCGUCAGCGGGGGCGACGGCUCGAUGAUUCUCGAUCACGAGAUAUGCAUCCUGAACGGCGACCUCAACUACCGCAUCGAUGCCAUGAGUCGUGACAUAGUCAUUCGCGAGAUUCAGGCCGGCAACCUGCAGAGGCUUCUGGAGAAAGACCAGCUGCUGCUGUCGCGCAAGCGGAACCCAGGCUUCCGCCUCCGCGCCUUCCAAGAAAAGGAGCUGACGUUCCCACCAACGUACAAAUACGACGUGGGCACCGACAAUUACGAUACAAGCGAGAAAAGGAGAUCUCCGGCUUGGUGCGAUCGACUUUUGUACAGGGGCAUAGGUCGAAUCAAGCAAACGGAGUAUCGCAGGCAUGAAGUACGCGUUAGCGACCAUAGACCUGUCAGCGGACAGUUCAGGAUACGAGUCAAGACUAUAGAUCGAAGAAGACAGGGUGCUGUAAGGCAAAAGUGUGAGGAAAGGUUCGAAGAUGUCCGACAGAGGAUUGCCCAGGACAUUAAACUCGACUAUCUCGUCUCAGUCCUCGGACUUUCGAAGAAAGAAGCCGAGCGCCUGCUGAAAAAAUAA